AUGCUCAGUCAAGAUAGCGAGUCAACCACACCUAGAACAGCUGGACAAGCUGGAUACACUUCUGGAAAUUAUUCUACUGCGGCUAUCCUAAUCAGGGAUCUAGCAACAUUUGUCUUUAGAAUCGUUUCAAAUAUAAAAGAGCUGACUUCGCUAAUUAAAUAUGAGCAAGAAUCGAAGAAAACCUUGCAAGCCUGA